UGCCCACUUCAAGCUUCGAACAUUGACAUUUGCGUUGUUGCUAUCGGCAAAAUGAAUCACAUCGAGAGGCUUCCCACUGAGUUGCUUGACGCGAUUGUUGCCUAUCUCGAAAGCAGUGAGCUUUUACCUCUCUUAUCGUGUAGCUUAGUGCUAAGGAGCUAUACGAUAUGCGUACUCAGCCGACGCGAGAACGGAAAGGACAUAUUGAUGCGUUGGGCUUGUUUAAACGGCCACCUUCCUAUCAUUCGCUCCCUCGUAUCGCACGGUGCCUCGGCAAGUACGAUAGAUAUCGAGUGGAAUCAUUGGGACAGACGAAGAGAGCGAUGGGUCGAGAGGCGAUCGAAGAUUCUGACUCUAUGCGUGGCCGCCGCGCGCAAGCAAGUGCAGGCCUUCCAACUACUUCUCCAACUAGGGGCAAGAAUAGAUUGCCCCGGGGUAGAGAGGAGGGAGCUUCCCAGGCUUCUGGACCGAAUAUGCGAUCCUGUUGUUGACUGGGCCCUCUUACGACUUUUCUACGAGCAUGGACUUCAUACCCAAGUGUGUAUCACUCACUACCCGCAGCUGCGGCGUGUUAUUCAUCGCCAGGCGUCGGCUGCAACAAGAGGUCCGGUGCAGAUGCUCUUAGAGAAAGGAAUAAGCCCGAACGAAUGUCAUGUUCGACAUGGAUUCAACCCCUCAACACCCCUGGCUACGGCUUUUCGCCUAAAGGAUCGCUCCACUGUUGACAUAUUGUUGCGCCAUGGCGCUCAUAUCGAUGGGCCUAGUCUCACGCACUCUGUCAGGAGGCCGUGGCCCAUUCCAAUCUUUGUUGCCGCCGAGGACAUAUCCACCUAUGGCUUCGAAUUGAUCCGAAUUUGUCUUGAAAAUGGCGCGGAUAUUAAUUAUUGCGCAUGGGAAAGGAUUCGGGACAGCUGGGGCUGUUAUAAGGGUCCUGAUCACUAUCUCACACCGUUUCUGAUAUAUCUGGACUCAAUCUCAACUUGGGAGACUAGGAAAUUGAAGGUGGAACCGGUUCAGGCAAUAAGCUUUCUGGUAGAUCAGGGAGCUUGGGUGGAACAGCCAUUAAACCCACCGUUUGAAGGCCAAGUUCACGGUGCCAGGCUGAACUUUACCCCAUGGGGUUUCGAGUUCCUUCUAAAGAAAUGGGGACCGACAGCACUGCGUGAUUACGACGGAUUUCGUACAACAAUAUACUUUCUUUUGCAGAAGGCAGUCGAGAACGAAACUCUAGGCGAAUCGCUGGCUCGUUAUGACUACCCCGUUGACAGGUGGGGGAGAAUAGAGAGGGACGGUGAGGUUCCUAGCAUAUGGCAAGAGCUUCUGACAUACCUUCUCGAUGUUCAACAAGUGGAUCCAACUACCCUGCUGUAUCAAUACAUCCUCUACAAAGGAAGGUUUAUGGAAUGGCAGGGUGAUAUUUCCCGGGCUACCAUCGACCGUCUGUUGGCGGCAGGGGGGAAUAUCCACGCUCGAUUACAGCCAGAUAGCCCUACUGUGCUCGAGGAAUUAUGCAGAACGUAUAAUUAUCAGGAACGUGGACGUCUUCUGCCCGGUCGGGCACUUGGCUACCGCUGGGAUGAGUGGCGCGAAGAGUUUGUUCAGUUCCUGGUUAGCAAAGGUAUUACCGAUGGACCUGUCAGUGCUGCACAUGAUCUGCUUUUAUUUGACUUGGAUGGAUUGUAUGAAGGAGCGGUCUCACGCCUUUGGCUCCUGGCCGGGAUUCUAGGGAAGAAAAGGACUGUGGUAGUGGGAGCAAAGUCUUGAGAUGUACCAAGGCAACAGACAUCUUGUCACACCAGGUCCGGGCUGUUGCACAGCAAUUGCACAAGUAUUAUCAUGGUCAUCAAAUCCAGACCUCGAUAUAUCAUGCAAGAUGUCAUAGGAUCUGCGAAAAUAUCCACUCCCUAGGGGCAAAUCCUAUUAUCGUCUGCAAAAAGAUUAGCGGAGUCAGGAUUUUAUCCUGUGUUGCUCUGCCUAUGCCGAGGUCCAUUCAUCCGCAAAGCUUAAUAUAGUUGGGAUUAUUUGGAUUUUUGAGAAAACGUUAUUAUAUAUUCUUAUAGAUGGUAGGCGGUAAUAGUUUUCAAACAGCUUAUUAU